AUGGCUCCUAGUGCCACAACGAAAAAAGCGACAAAGUCUGUGAAACCUUCCACUGAGAAAAGGAAGUCUGGUAAGGGUGUGUCCAACAAACUUCAGGGUGGAAAGAUUUCCAAGAAGGCCACAUCAAAGAAGGCUAUUGUUGCCAGAGCUUUAAAAGCCCAGAAGGCUAUUACUGCUGGGCCACAUACUCAUGGCAAGAAGAAGGUUAGGUACAGUGUGCGAUUCCGCAGACCAAAGACCUACAAACCUCCACGUUGUCCUAAGGAUCGCCGUUUCGAAAUUCCAAAACGAAAUAAGCUUGAUCCCUUCCGUAUAAUUAGACACCCAGUUACCACUGAGGCUGCAAUGAAAAAAAUUGAGGACAAUGAUACUUUAGUCUUCGUUGUUGAUCGGCGUGCGAACAAACCGGCUAUCAAGGCAGCAGUACAAGAAAUGUAUAAAAUCAAAGUUGCUAAAGUCAACACACUUAAUUGCCCCAAGAACAUCAAAAAGGCUUAUGUUAAGCUUCCCCCAGACUUUGAUGCUCUUGAUGUUGCCAACAAAAUCGGUAUCAUAUAA